AAUAAACUGUCAAAUCUGUGCAGUGGAUCUAGAAAAAUCUGAAAAACAUUCGAAUAUUUUGAAUUUCAUCUUUUUCUCUCUGAAGUGUGAAUGUAAUUGUUAUAAAAAUAAAAUAGUACAGAGAUACUUCUGAACUAAUUGCUGUUAUAUUUAAUCGUGCCAAGAACUGAAACAAUGUCUGAAACGAAGGAUACAUCACCAACAGAGCCAGUGAAACCUAAAAUCAAACAUGACUGGUACCAGACUGAGGCUCAAGUAGUUAUCACUAUUUUGAUCAAAAAUGCGCCUAAAGACAAAGUAAAGGUCCACUAUGGGGAUAGAAGUUUAUCAGUAUCAAGUGCAAUCCCAGACUCGGACAAUGAGUACAGCCUAGAAAUAGAAUUAGCACAUGAAAUAGUGCCAUCCAUGUGCACUCAUCUGGUAACCCCGUCCAAGAUUGAAGUGAAGCUGAGAAAGAAAGAGGGAUUACGGUGGACGGUGCUGGAAGGAGAGGGAUCUGAUGAAAACAUUAAGGCUAUACCACAAGCCAUUGUAGAUGCAUCUGGUCCCCAGCAGCCUCCAAAAUUGUAUAAAAAAGACUGGGACAAAAUAGAGAAGGACAUCAAAAAAAUGGAAGAAGAAGAAAAGCCAGAAGGUGAGGCAGCGCUGAACGCUCUCUUCCAGAAAAUAUACGGCGAGGGGUCCGACGAGGUCCGUCGGGCGAUGAAUAAGAGCUUUGUGGAAUCAGGCGGUACAGUACUGAGCACAAACUGGAACCAAGUGUCCAAAGACAAGGUAGAAGUUAAACCACCUGAUGGCUUGGAGUUCAAGAAAUGGGACAAUUGAAGGUCACAAUGAGCUCAUAUUGAUACCGUUGUAUGCUGCACUUUGAUUCUACGUUAUUUUUGAAGGUUGUGUUUAAGUGAUUAAUCAUAUUUGAAUAUAAUAUUAUUUAAUAUUAAUAAAAAUAAUUAGUGCUACACAAUCACAUCAAUCACUUUGUCCUCAAGUGAUCCUCACUUCUGUAUUAAGAGCAACCAGGCAUCAAACAUCUUGGAGCAUAAACUAGAGCACCCAGAGCAGAGAUAAUUUAAAAAAGUUCAUUUCCCAAAUUGACUCUACUGGGAAUCAAACGCGCGACCUCAUUUACACAGAGGGACGUGCCCAUUACUACGCCAUUGAGAUCGACAAAUUAUAUAUAUUCUUAUAUAAAAUUUUAUUUUAUAUACAAGAUUUAAAUUAAUACAAUAUUCAUUAUAUUCCAGUUAACCAGUCCUAUAAUAUUUAAUUAAAUUAAGUAGAUUAGAAUACUGGUUACAGAUCUACUAUAUAAUCUAUUUUUCCACUGUCUGUGGUCAAUACUGGUCACAGAUUAACUUUAAUAGAAUCUGUAUUCCCCACUGUCUGUGGUUGGAGGUUUCCUUAUAACCUAUUUUUAAUAUCGAUUAUGUACUAUUAUUAUAGUGAAUAUCCUUCUCUAAAAUUGUAUAUACUUGAAUACAUAAUUUGAUGUAAUUGUCUGUGUUCUUGUACCUAAAUAGGGAUAGGUAAUAUAUAGCAAUAUAAUAUAAAUAUAUAAAUUAAUAUAUAUAUAUAUAUAUAUAUAUAUAUAUAUUGGUUAUCGUCCGUUAAUUAAUAUCAACAAAUAUAUGCAAAGGAACAUAAUAUCGGAGUGAUACCGGUAUUACCUAUGCUUUUUUUUUUAUUCAAACAGCUGACCGCCCACCUGAUGGAAAGUGGUAACCGUCGCCAAUAAACAUGAGCAAUACCAUGGACAUAACAGAGUAUACUGUUUCGCCCAUGAUGUCCCCCAUGCGUUGCCAUUCCUGAGGACUCAGUUAUUAUUCCUCCGUACCCAGUAAAUUCACGCCAUAUCCCACCCUUCAAAUCGAAACACAGCCAUGCAAAUACAACUGCUUUAUGGUUAAAACAUGAAUUGGACAGAGGUGCCCAAGCAAUCGUCGUCAUGGUAACAAACCUACUUGUUACCAUGACGACGGGUCAAGUGAAACUAUUUUUUAUUAUUAUUAUUGAAUAAUAAGCAUUUUUAACUUCAACAAAGUGCAGCAUAUUGUUUCAAUUUAUUAUAAGUUAUUUAGUUUAAAUUACAAAAAUAUUGAUGACUUAAACCUUUAUUUAUCGAAUAAACACAUAUUAUGUUCUAAAUCAUUGCUAAGCUAUUUUUUGUCGCGAUGGAAAUGUGUUAUGGUUGAUCGACGCGUAGCGAUACGAUAUUACGGUAUAUUAUCGAUUUUUUUUUUUAUAUUACAAUACUAAUAUAUAUAAUAUAUUGAAUGCAUCAGGUCCUAGUAGUUCAGUGCCGCAACAUAAAUCGUAAGUUUUUAUAUAGCUGAUUUCAAUACAAAUAAAACUAAUAUAUAAAGUGUAUCAGUUUUAAUGUUCGACCGAUAGUAAUUGGUAAAGAAAUGUCAAUAACCAAUCUUCUCGGAUUAAAUUCAAUAUAUUUUGCGAAAUGUAAAAUAAUUAAAUAUACCGCAAUUUUUAAUUACCGCCAGGAGGCUAUGAUGUAUAAGAAAUAUAUAUAUUAACAUUUUUAAAAAUGUUUAAACAGCAAAACGUUCUUAUUGUGAAUGUAUUUUUUUAAUGUAUUACCCGAUAAACAUGCAUUAUUUUAAUUAAAUUAUAUGACGAUUUUUUUUUUCUCUUCAUAAAUGUAUUCACUUUUAUUUACAUUAAUACGUAUUAACGUAAAUAUGUACGUACGUACGCAUUUUUAUCGUCAACGUAUGACACAUUAAAAUUUUGCGCUAACUUGCUAAUUAAAAUUAUGCAAUCAUAUUUUCUCCACUUUCAACGAAUGCUUAUUAAAAUGUACCUAUAAUUAAUUACCGUAUACGUUUUAAUUACUAAACAUACUCUGUACAUUUUUUGUAUUAUUUGAGUCCAUUACUCGAGAGUAAGACUGUGAAUUAUACAUAAAAUAAAUGUUUUUAUUAUUACUUG